GAAAAGCUCAAGGAAAUGCAGGAAUUCUUUGGACUAAAAGUGACUGGAAAACCUGAUCUUGACACUUUGAAUAUGAUGAAAAAACCCAGAUGUGGUGUCCCUGAUAUUGGAAAAUAUAUGUUUACACAAGGGAAUCCAAAGUGGAAGACAAAUAAUCUCACAUACAGGAUUGUGAAUUAUACCCCACUUAUGAGGAGAGCUGAUAUAGAUGAAGCAAUUCAAAAAGCUCUCAGUGUCUGGAGCAACGUGACACCACUCACUUUCCGAAAGAUUGAGGACAAAGAAGCAGAUAUAAUGAUCUCUUUUGUUGUUAGAGACCACAAAGACAACUCUCCUUUUGAUGGCCCCAAUGGGCAGCUGGCUCACGCUUUUCAGCCUGGUGAAGCCAUUGGUGGAGAUGUGCACCUUGAUAAUGAGGAAUACUGGACAAAAGAUGGAAAAGGAUACAACUUGUUCAUAGUUAUUGCCCAUGAGCUUGGCCAUUCGCUGGGUCUGUCUCAUUCCACUGAUCCUGGAGCACUGAUGUAUCCAACUUACGCCUACACUGAUCCUAAAGAAUUCCAUCUUCCUCAGGAUGACAUUGAUGGCAUUCAAGCCAUCUAUGGACAGUCUAAUGCUCCUGUACAGCCAACAGGACCUACGACUCCACAAGUCUGUGACCCUAAUUUGACGUUUGAUGCUAUUACUACACUGCGUGGAGAAAUGUUCUUCUUCAAGGGCAGAUAUAUGCUGCGCAAACAUCCUCAGAGGACAGAGACAGAGCUCAAUUUUAUCUCACUGUUUUGGCCAAAGUUGCCAUCAGGAAUUCAAGCUGCUUAUGAAAACGUUGAAAGGGAUGAAGUUCUACUUUUUAAAGAGGAUAAAUAUUGGGUUCUCAGAGGUUAUGACAUUGCACCUGGCUAUCCUAAAUCAAUUUAUCGUUUGGGAUUCCCAAAGACUAUUAAAAGAGUUAAUGCAGCUUACAAUGAUGAAACCACAGGAAAAACAUACUUCUUUAUAGCUGACAGAUACUGGAGAUAUGAUGAAAACAAAAGAUCCAUGGAUCAUGGUUACCCCAGGAAAAUAGUCUCAGACUUUGGAAAAAUUGGCAGAGUUGAUGCUGCUUUCCAGAAAAAUGGCUAUGUCUACUUCUUCCAUGGAACAACUCAGUUCCAGUUUGAUCCUCGUGUCAAAAGGAUUGUCAGACAAAUGAAGAGCAACAGCUGGUUUGAUUGCUAAUUGCAAUGGCUUUUCAUAUGCACAUUAUACAUUUUUAUGUGAUGGAUUUUUUUCUGCAUUUCACAACCAUCAUGUCA